AUGACUGAAAAUAAUAAUAUUGAAUUAGUGCUAAAGCAACAGAGUGUGAUUAAUUCAUAUUCAGAAUGUCCAAUUAUCACUUAUGAGAUUGUGAAAAAAUUGGGUUUGGAAAAAGAUAAAAGUUCACACAAUAUUAUUGAUAAAGCCGUAUCUCAUAUCAUUAAACAGCAAGAUAUUAUAAACUCGAUAAUGAACUCAGACAUUUCUUGGCAAUGUAAGGCUAAAAGAAAAAAAACAAUUUUUAAUGAUACCGCAUCUGAGUCCUCGUCUGAAUCUGAGUCCGGCUCUAAAUCCUCUUAUGAUAAUGAAAAUUUUACUGUAGAUAUGAUAAAA